CUUGCGGGCUCUGCGGAGGCAGCUGCGGCGCCAGACAGAUGAGAAUCCAAAGUUGGCUUUGAUGACAUCCCGCUGAGGGCUUUGACAGAGCAAGAUGGUGCUGGACUCGGGGCCCCAGUCCUAUCCGCAACAGCGGCCCGAUUAUUUUGGCAACGGCCUGCCGCAGAGGAGAGGUGGGAAGAAGGGCUCUCCGUGUGAUGGGUUGCGGCUCUAUCCGUUCUUGUCCCCUUCCCUUUCACUGGAGUCAGACUCUUCCAGCCCAGCGCAAAGUGCCCGGCUGCCCUCGAAAGCCAACUGCCUCAGAAAACCAGAAGCCAGACCAUCACUGAAUUUCUGCCCCACCUUCCCGAGCCCCUGCAGUUGGAUGCGCCGGAGUGAGAGCACUUGUGCUGUGAACCAGAGAGACCGGACCCGAGGUCAGAUCCGCAGCGCUGCCUCCCUACCUCAUAUCCCCAAAGUCAAGGCCGUCGGGCCUAGCAGCAGGAAGAGCCCUUGUUUGUUGGUAGCUCUGAGGCCUGUGAACAUCGAGGUGGAGAGAGAGAAGUUCUUCCAAUCACGUUUCUCCUACAACCCUCAGUUUGAAUAUGAGGAGCCUCUUCCUGAAGCAGUCCUGGAAAAGUAUAAAGAGGCCUCUGGCCAAUUUAUUUCCCAGGCAAUCGGAAUCAUUAAUGCUGUCCUGGAGAAAUAUGGCACCUAUGAGAGCUUUGAGGCAACGAAUGGGGGGAAGCUGCUCAGUAAAUGCCAGAUCUGGUCCAUCAUCCGGAAGUACAUGCAAAAGGAAGGGUGUUCUGGAGAGGUUGUAGUUCAGCUUACUGAAGAUCUACUUUCUCAAGCGGUGAUGAUGGUGGAGAACAGCCGCCCCACUUUAGCCAUCAACCUUUCUGGAGCCCGGCAAAACUGGCUAGAGGGAAUGUUGCGUCAUGAAAUAGGCACCCACUACAUCCGUGGGGUCAACAAUGCCCGUCAGCCCUGGCACAGCUUGGAAGGCCGCAGACAGUAUGGCCUGAAACCCGCAAACCCGACCGAGGAAGGGCUGGCGAGCUUGCACAGCGUCCUCUUCCGUAAACAGCCCUUCCUGUGGAGGGCAGCGCUGCUUUACUAUACCAUCUACCAGGCCAGCCUUAUGUCCUUCUGCGAGCUCUUUCAAAAUUUGGAGCGCUAUGUGCGGGAUGCAGGAGUGCGGUGGGAGUAUUGCGUGCGGGCCAAGCGAGGACAGAUGGACACUUCCAAGCCAGGAUGUUUCAGUAAAGAUCAAGUCUACCUGGAUGGAAUUCUCCGCAUCCUGAGACAUCGGCAAACCAUCGACUUCCACCUGCUGGCUGCUCUGGGAAAGGUCUCCUACGAGGACGUUGAUCACCUCAAGAAAUUCGGAGCGCUGGGGAAGGCCCGGAUCCCACACUUCAUGCAGGACCGCGAACGGUACAACCAACUGCUCGACCACAUUGUUACAACCAACUGCCUCAAGGAUGAGGAGCUGGAACAGUUGCUGCCGGACUGAGUGGGCCUCUGGUACAGGAGAAGGGCUUCUUACACAGGACGUGUUGUGCUGCGAUCGGGGAGCCUUCGGUCCCGAUGGAAGAUUGUUAUUGGAUUGUGGCCUGUUGAAAACAGUUCCGUGAUUCUGAGCAUAGCACUUUUUUAAUUAAUUCUUUAUUAUGUGGGUGUCUCUAGUUAAGUUGACAAGAGUCCAGGCUGUGCCAGCAUUCUCUGGCUGACUAACACAAAUCCUGUGUGGCUUCUUACUGAGGGCUUCAAUCGGGUCAUUCUCUCUCUAUAUAUAUAUUUUAUUCUGGAGCAGGUGCCUAAAAUGUUCACGCAUGUUGUCCUCUUAUGUUGGACACGCUGGUAUAAAUUGUGACCAUUCCAAGAAAUUGGUUAUGCACCACCCCUAAGUGUGCUGGAAUUAUUGUUGUAUGCCCAGUUGGACCACCUGAGAAACAUUUAUGGUUUGGAACAGAUUCUUGGAUGGGCUGAAAUCUAAGAACAUAAUUCACCUAAUAAUCUUUUAUUAGGAACAACCAAGUAACAGUGUUCAGUGCUUUCAGUUUCACCAGAGCUCUCCAACAUGCUGAAUGUUACAAAGAAAUGUUUUAAAAUAUUUAGAGAAAUUAAAAUUCUUCAGGGCAUGAUAGUGAGUGCUGGUUGCAUCUGCACUGUGUGCUGAGCAGUUGCUGCCUUCAAGCUGGGCAACAGGCAGUAAAUCAAGCGGACUUAACACAUCCCAACAAUUGCCUCCAAUUACUCGCUAAACUAGCGAGACUCAAAAUCAAAGAUGCUGGCAAACGGGGACAAGCACGUCUAAGUCAACUCCCAGCUACUAGCGGGAGGGUGCAGAAUCAUAGGAUUGUCGUCAAAUGUGUUUCAUGUAUGUGUGCAUAUAUCUAUAAUUAUUCAAGUUGCAGAACUGAAGCAAAAAAAUAAAUUGCCUUGCUGGAUCAGA